UCAACUGUCAUACUGCUGACCUGACGUUGACAACCCGUCAACCGGCGAUUGACAAAUCGGGAGGUGUGGUUGUUUUUAGUCAUUUAAAAACUUUAACAAAAAUGUCUGCAACUUUGAAGCCUUAUUUAACUGCUGUGCGCCAUACUUUAACGGCCGCAAUGUGUUUGGACAACUUUUCGUCCCAAGUCGUUGAACGACACAACAAACCAGAAGUAGAGGUUAGGACGUCCAAAGAACUUUUGCUCAAUCCUGUAGUGAUAUCUAGGAACGAAAAGGAAAAAGUGCUAAUAGAGUCUUCUGUGAAUUCAAUUAGAAUAAGUAUUUCAGUUAAACAAGCUGAUGAAAUAGAGAAGAUACUGUGUAAGAAAUUUAUGCGAUUUAUGAUGAUGCGAGCAGAAAACUUCAUUGUACUUAGAAGAAAACCCAUAGAAGGUUACGAUAUAAGUUUUCUUAUCACUAACUUUCAUACGGAGCAGAUGUACAAACAUAAAUUAGUGGAUUUUGUUAUACAUUUCAUGGAGGAAAUUGAUAAGGAGAUAUCUGAAAUGAAACUGGCUGUAAAUGCUAGAGCUAGAAUUGUCUCUGAAGAGUUUUUAAAACGGUUUUAAUAAUGACUUUAUACUGUUAAUUUAGGUGCUAAUAGCAGAACUAAGGCCAUCAAAAUGAAAACAAUAUAGUUUUAAAAAGUAGAGUGAAAUGAAUUGAAUGAUUUGUACUGCCAUUCAAAACUCAUUAAGGGUUAGACACUGAGAAUGUUGGUAGGAAUGUUAAAAAAUGUAACAGAUUGGUUAAUAUAGGGUAAUUCUUGAAAACAAGUUAGAUUUUCUUUCAAAACUAGUCAAAUAGUGACUUGUAAAAAUUGCAUUUUUGUAUAAUCAAACAAUUAUGCUUUUAAAUUAUUAUGUUAUUUGCAUUAAUAAAAAAUAAAAUUUACAAAUAAUGUGAUUAAUUGCUUUUUAUCAUUAGUCACUUGUUUUUAACAUUCUGUAAACAUUUAUCUAGAAAAUGCUAUUUGACAAAAAUGUCAAUUUUAUUUGUUUUGUGAACUUAUAAAUUUGUUCAGGAUUUAAGUACAUUUUCUUAUGCAUCUGUUGAAAAAAAUUAAUGCUCGGUUUUCAUUGAUCACAUUUGAAUUUCCAUUUGGUACUAGUUAUUUGAAUACUAACAAUAAAUAAAACUCGUGAAUUGCCCUAUUUUAAAAUGUGGGAUUGAAAAUAGGUUUAAGUACUAAUGUCAUAGUACAAUUUUUACCUUGAUGAUAAAACAAGAUAUUUAAAAAAAUAUAUACUUUAAAAUAAAUUUUCAAUUAAGACUUACCUUUAAUAGUAUUUUAUAUUUUAAAAAUGAUUUUGUAAAUUUCUUAUACAGUGGUGUUCCAUAAAGUUGGAUCCAUAUGGGAGUUUUUUU